UAACACAUCCAGUUAUUACGUCGAGCGUCCGUCCAUGAGAAACUGUGUUGAGCGGUUGGAACAGUAGCGAGACAUGUCAGAGAAGAAACAAACAGUAGAUUUGGGUUUGUUGGAGGAGGAUGACGAAUUUGAAGAAUUCCCUGCUGAGGACUGGACAGGCCUGGAUGAAGAUGAGGAUGCACAUGUUUGGGAGGAUAACUGGGAUGAUGACAACGUAGAGGAUGACUUUUCUAAUCAGCUCAGAGCGGAGCUUGAAAAACAUGGAUACAAGAUGGAAACCUCCUAACAGUUGGAUUACUUUAGCUGAAAAUAAUUUUUUCCACAUUUGAAUAUUGUCAAUUUAGCCUGUCAAUCGAAAAUGUGACUUUUUCUAAUUAUUUCUCUAAGCCCAGCGUCAUAAAACUGAUCAGUUGGAUCUGCGAUCAAUGUGUUUAUUUUUAGUUUUCUACCAUAUAUACCACUCAUGUGUUAAUUGUUAUAAUAAAGAGAUGCUUUCCCUA